UCAGACAAAUUAAAUAAAAAAAUCUAAAAAUAAAUCUGGAAAAUCAGAUCUCGUUCCAUGGAGGACAUUUGAAUAUUUAAGUAACAAAUUUAUAUUCAGCAAGUGAUUCGCUAGAGAGAUAGUGGGGUGUUUGUAAAUAUUUAUUUAAAUAAUUUGUGUGAGGAGAGGAGGGCUGACUGCUGCUCAAGUGAGUAAAAGAGAGGAGGAGAGCUGGAGAGAAGAGACCAAUUGCCUGGCCAGGUGCUGUACUCUCACGCGUGAAUUGGAUGGUGUUCAAAACUGGAGACAGUGUGAAGCAGGCUGAAAGCUUCGGGGGACUGGACUGCAGACAGAAGGGAUCAAUGAUGGAAUUACAAACAUUACAGGAAGCCCUGAAAGUGGAAAUACAAGUCCAUCAGAAACUCGUCGCCCAGAUGAAACAGGAUCCACAGAACGCUGAUCUGAAGAGGCAGCUCCACGAACUUCAAGCCAAGAUCACAGCGCUGAGCGAGAAGCAGAAAAAAGUAGUGGAGCAGCUGAGGAAGGAUCUGCUGGUGAAGCAGGAGCAGCCAGAAAUCAAACUCCAAACACAGGCAGCACAGCUGGUGCAGCCGGACAGCAAGGCAUCUACGUUGCCCUCGGCCCAAGCCCCACUCUCUCUGCCACCUCAGAGUGCCCAGCAGAAGACGGUGACUGUAACCUCGGUCCUCACCACCAAGUCUCUACCUCUGGUGCUGAAAGCUGCCACCCCUACCAUGCCUGCAUCUGUAGUAACGCAGCGACCCACUGUAGCCAUGGUCACCGCCAUCAGCAGCACACCCAAGUCCACCGUCUUGAAUUCUGAUUCGCAGAAUACACCAGUCAACCUUCAGACAUCCAGCAAGACCAAUCAGGGAGGCGAGGCCAUGCGUGUGGUCUCCAAGAAUGCUGUAGUAGUGCAGGCCACUCCCUCUGCCCAGCCUAUCAAAGUUCCUCAGUUUAUCCCUCCUCCCAGACUGACGCCUCGACCCAACUUUCUACCACAGGUCCGGCCUAAGCCCAUCACGCCCAACAAUGUGCCCAUCGCCCCUGCACCCCCACCCAUGAUGGCAGCUCCCCAGCUACUGCAGCGGCCGGUGAUGCUGACCACCAAGCUGACGGCCACUUCACUGCCAUCCACCACGGGCCCUAUCCAUCAGGUGCGCAUCAUGAACGGCCAACCCUGUGCCACCAUAGCCAAGACCCUGACCACCGGCCAGCUGACAGGCAUCGUCAUCACCGCUCCGGCCUCCAGCCCCCGCCUGGCUUCUCCACAGACACUGCAGAUCAGUGGCCUCAGUACGGACACCAAGACUGUUAAAACACAGGGUGGGACAGAGCAGAAGACAUCAGUCAGUGCCCCUUCCUCUCCCACCCCUCCCCCACCACCAAAGCCCAAACGUGAGGAGAACCCUCAGAAACUUGCCUUCAUGGUGUCUCUAGGACUAGUGACACACGACCAUCUAGAAGAGAUUCAGAGCCGGAGGCAGGAGCGAAAGCGCAGAACGACAGCAAAUCCGGUCUACAGUGGUGCAGUGUUUGAGCCUGAGCGCAAGAAGAGUGCAGUAACCUACCUGAAUUCUCCUCUCCACCAAGGGACCAGAAAGAGAGGUCGCCCUCCUAAAUACACCAGCGUUCCGGAGCUUGGCUGCCAUACCCCGUCCUCCCCUUCCAGCAGCCAUCCUGCUUCCCCAGCCCCUGACAAGCCUGAGACUGGGGGCUUUCAUUUCCCCACCCAACCCCACACUCUCCCUCUGCCCAGCCCUAGCUCUGGGGAUGGAGACAUCCAUGAGGAUUUCUGCACUGUGUGCAGGCGCAGUGGCCAGUUGCUCAUGUGUGACACAUGCUCACGUGUCUACCACCUCGACUGCCUGGAGCCACCCCUGAAAACCAUUCCCAAAGGCAUGUGGAUCUGUCCCAAAUGUCAAGACCAGAUUUUGAAGAAAGAAGAAGCAAUUCCUUGGCCUGGAACCCUGGCCAUCGUUCAUUCCUAUAUUGCAUAUAAAGCAGCUAAAGAGGAGGAGAAACAGAAGCUGGUGAAGUGGAGCACAGAGCUAAAGCAGGAGAGGGAGCAGCUGGAGCAGAGGGUCAAGCAGCUUAGUAACUCCAUAACGAAAUGCAUGGAGACUAAGAACACCAUCCUGGCCCGGCAGAAGGAGAUGCAGGCAUCGCUAGAAAAAGUGAAAAGCCUUGUCCGCCUCAUCCAGGGCAUCAACCUCGCCCAGUCCCUGGAGACUGGCAGUCCAGAGGGUAUCGCUAAUGGCACAAUAGACUGCUUGAGCAGCAGUGCAAACAAAAAAAAUUGCAGCAACAACACGAACAACCACCACACGGAGAUACCCACCACCACUGCCAGCAUAGAGGAAGCAGAGGCAAUUGAGGAGCAUGUCAGCAACAACAACAGUAAAACCUCAGAGCCAUCCCCGUCCUCGGUACCAGCCCCCAGCAACAGCAUGGACAGUGCAAAAUAACACCUGCUCCUACCCCUCAGACCAAGAACAAGAAGCCCCCAAACACUGGAGAGAGCUCACUCACACCCCAGAGCAGUGCUCCAAGUUGCCUGUGUGUGUGUGUGUGUGUACACACACAUACACACACAUAAUAUUUAUAUGUGGUUGGACUGUGAACAGGAGAUUCUGCAUCCAAGAGUGCCAGUCUGGGUAAUGGGAGGGGGCUGAGAACAGAGGGUUUGGUCUGGUCUUUUGCUAGUUGAUGGUGGAAAAUAAUAAUAAAUAAUAAGGAUGAUAAUAAUUUCAAACAUCACACCAGUGUGUGCCUGCAACAGUCGCCCUUGAGCCUCUUGUGGGGAUUGUUUCCUUGGUUGUCUUAGUUUUUAAUUAGUCAGGGGAGUUGGGUCAACAGAUGUCCAAAGAGCGUUUGCCAUGGGUCCCCGCUUGUGUGUCACCAGCACAGAUCGAUGUAAAUAUCUGACUAAAACAGCAGUACAGCAUCCCAGUCAAGAGCUACCCAGCAUGGGACAAGAGUAUCAGUAUUCAUGGACAGUGUGGAAAUUGUCUAGGUAUUGCUGUGUUUUGACCCAAGUUAGACUUUGGGGCGAGAAUCAAACAACAUGGCCAGCAGUCCC